AUGAAUAAUAUCCCAAGAUUUCCAUCUGCUGCCCUGGAAAACAUGAAUGACUUGAUAUUUUUAUCUCUGGAUGAUAAUGCUAUUGAGAGGAUAACCAGAAAGAACCUAGCUGUUCUGAUAAGUCCAAUGUUCCAACACCUGAAUUUGAGUAAUAAUCUCAUCAAUUAUAUAUCCACAAAAGCGCUGAGUCAGCUGGAUAAUUUAGCGAUUCUGAUUUUACAUUCACAAAAGGACCCUUACCAGAUGACAACUAUUAAGUAUGAUGCAUUUGAAGGAAUCUCCAAUGACCUAACCACAUUAUUUAUCAGUGACAAUAGCUUGCCAUACUUUCCACAUGCAGUAUUUGAAGGAGAUUCUUAUGACAGUUUAAAGUACCUACACGCUGAUGGUAAUCAAAUAAGUAAUAUUACCACAUAUUCAGAGGAUCAGUACACAGCUACAACUUUGGUGUACUAUAAUGUCAAGAAGGAACAAGUUGAACACUUUGGAUCCAUGCCUAAUCUCUUGGAACUAUAUUUGGGUGCAAAUGCAAUAGACCAUAUCAACGAUACAUACCUAUGUAACUUGGAAUCCAUCUUGGUGUUAUUUCUUGAAGGCAAUUAUUUAGAUGAGACCAAUCUUCAUGAUGAUGCAUUUGCUUGUAUACCUACGUUAGAAACGUUAAAUCUGAACAACAAUCUAUUCCAGUAUGUACCUGAAGCUGUUGUCACUAACGAUACACUACCAUCCAUCAGAAACCUGUACAUGGACAGUAACAAACUGACUUUUUUAUUGGCUGAAACAUUCACAGCAUUAACAACCCUGGAGGUCUUGAGACUGAGCUCUAAUGAUAUCAUAUCAAUUGAAGACAAAACAUUCCCUGCUGAUAUCCAAACCAUUAAACUGCGAAGUAAUAGCUUUCAUUUCCUUCACGAGAAUCCAUUCUACAACCUGACUCAGUUGAACACCUUAGAUUUGUCUGGUAAUGUUAUCGAUUACAUCCCGGAUACAGCGUUUGAUUAUUGUAUUAAUCUGGAUAAUCUUGAUCUGUCCUCUAAUCAAAUAGGCCGUAUUCUAGACACCACGUUAGAAGACUGCCCUCUAACAAACACUCUGGACUUAUCAUAUAAUGAGCUUGCAUACAUCGAGCCAGGGUCUUUUGCACAUUUUACUUCAUUGGUGACUCUAGAUCUAUCAAACAAUCAUCUGACUGUCUUGCCAAAUGAUGGAGAUUUUGUCAACGUAUCAAUAACCAAUUUUGGUUUGGAUAACAACCGACUUACAUCACUUCCUGCUGGUAUUUUUAGCAACAUACAGGGUAUAAAUACAUUUGACCUGACAAACAAUGAUAUCUCAUCUAUUGGUUCAUAUGCAUUUGACAACAUCGAUGCCAAUUUCAUUUAUUUGACCGAUAAUCCGCUGAGUUCACUUGCACCUUAUUCCUUCAAUGACAUCACCUGUAGGAGGUUAGAUUUAAAGAAUAUGUACCUGCCAUCCAUACCGUCAAACGCAUUCAAUAAUAUUGAUUUACAGCAAUAUUUGUAAGUACUAACAG